CCGUCUUCCAGCCAAGCAAGGGCUGCGGCGCACGCGAGGGUAGCUCUUCAAGACGGCCUUCACUUGCACCCCCGCCACCGUUUGUCAGCGCGCCACACUCAGACGCACCAUCGGAUAUAUGAACACUUCUCACCCCGCCCAGCACCACUUCCACCUCACAAGCCCUCAUCCACCUCACAAGCCCUCAUCCACCUCACAAGCCCUCAUCCACACCACCCAACCCACCCACAGCCACAAUGCACCUCACAGUCCUAACCAUCCUCAGCCUCAGCGCCCUCGCGAGCGCACGCCCCACAGCCGCUGUGCUCGCCAGCGACGCCCGCGCAGCAACCAUCUUCAAGUCCGCCAACACCAAGGGCGAAUCGACGUUCAUCCCCGCGAACAACUACUGCACCAACAUCUCCGUCGUACCCGGCGGUUUCGACGGGAAGAUCAAGAGCGUGAGCGUUGAGAAAGAUCGGAAGUGUGAUUUCUACCAGGAGGAGGGCUGUGGCGUCAAUGAUUUCACCGGUGGGGGCGCGGUGCUGGAGGUUGGCUCUAGGAAGUAUAAGGAUGUGCGGCGGAGGUUGGGGCGCUGGGAGGGCAGGAUUGCGAGUGUGUACUGUCAGAAGCUGUGAGUGUGCACUGUCAGAAGCUGUGAGUGCGUACUGUCAGAAGCUGUGAGUGCGUACUGUCAGAAGCUGUGAGUGCGUACUGUCAGAAGCUGUGAGUGUGCACUGUCAGAAGCUGUGGGUGCGUACUGUCAGAAGCUGUGAGUGCGUGGCGGCGUCG